AUGAAAGGAAGAGAUGUCCAGUUGGUUGUGGCUACCAUGUUUUUGCUGGUGUGUCUGGCUACUGGCCAACCAAGAAACAAUGGCCGAACAGCAGUCAUAUGUUACAGAAACUGUGCCGAUUCGCAGUGUGAUUUCCAUUGUAAACGUGUGGGGUAUGCCAACGGCAGAUGCUACCAGAGCCCGUUCUGCAACCCCUACAAGAACAGGAUCAAUUGCGCCUGUUAUAGAUACAGACAACAAUCCUCUGUUGGAAAAACUCAACCUCCCGUGAUUUUGAUCGCAACUGUGACUCCGCCUACAACCAUUCAACCCUCGUCAACCAUUAGUUCCACUGCAGUCACAUCCACGCCCCUUUUGUCUGAUUCAGUAUCUUCAACACUGAUUGGUUUGGCCAGCAGCAUUUCCACGCCCAUCGCAUCCGCCACAGUAUCAUCGAUUUCACUCGAGCCGACUAGUGUUGAUUCAGCAGGCUUGCCCACUAAUGGAUUUCUCUAG